GCGCCUCGCCCUCCGUGGCGGGCGUCAGCCGGGCUGUGCGCUCGCGUGUUCGUCGUCGCGCAGCCUGCUCGUCCUGGGCCAAUGAGAUCAUCGACACAGUCAACAAUUUGUACUUCCACGGCGAGGUACAGCAGCAUCACUCCGUCUCAGCUGGGCAGCAGCUCGCCCUGGACCACAUCCGUGACGUGGUGCAGCGAGCUGGACCGCCCAUGAUCGAGCCCGCGGCAGCCUUUCGAGUGCUGUGCGGAUCGGUGCCAGGGUGCACUGAGCCCUCGGCAGAACAUUCACCCUAUCGACGAGGCGCAGUCUCGUUGCCGGCUCCUGGAGCGGACCUUGCUCGUGGCGACGUCUGUCUUCGAGGGCCGGCAUUGCAAAUGUGGACAGGGUGGCGAGACUGUCUCUUGCACCCCAACCCGGACCUCUCCGGGGCAGUGCGGCCGUACUCUGACCCCAAGCUGAUUCGGGACAGCGGCGCGUACGCCGAGUUUUUGGUGGACAUGGCACGUUCAGGGCUCGUCUCCUUCACGAGCGAGGGGCCAUCCACCGUGGGAGUCUUCUUCGUUAAGAAAGGUCCAGAUCGUCUUCGACUCAUCCUGGACACUCGACGAGCAAACAAGCUGUUUUUGGAUUCUUGCCACACCCAGCUCUCUACACCAUCGAGCUGGUCCUUUCUGUACUUGCCACCCGAGGCGGAGCUGAUGAUGUCUCAGACCGACGUCAACAACGCGUUCUAUCGCAUCCAGCUCCCCCCCGGCAUGAACGACUAUUUCAUCCUGCCCAGCAUCGACGCCAAGUGGAUCUCCGAGGCCGCCCCCGAGCUGGCCCCUGGUCUCCCCGCGGGCAUCCGCAUCUCCCCUCGCGUGGAGGUGCUGCCCAUGGGGUUCAACUGGGCGCUGUUCUUCUGCCAGGAGAUGUUCCGCAACGCCGCAGAGGACGCUGGCUUCGCUGACGGGCGGAUGUUCCUGGACCGCCACUCGGCCCCCGACAUCACCACCCAGCCAGGCGCCGCCGUGUACGUCGACGGCGUGGCCGUGGUGGGGGCGGGCCUGGAGGCGGUCGAGGCCGGCGGAGUCGCCGUGGCCAAGCAGCUGGAGGAGCGCGGCCUCCAGGUCAAGGGGGUCGAAGGCACCUCGGACUCCCAGACCUUCACAGGGAUGGAGUUCGAUCGGACCUCCGGCCGCAUCUCGCUCAGCCGCGAGAGGAUCUGGAGGCUGCGCGCGGCCCUGCUGUUUGCUGCGGACCAGCGCUACUUGACUGGACGCCAGAUGCGGCGGCUGGUCGGCCACUACACGUGGAGCGCGACUCUGCGGCGUGAGCUCCUCAGCGUCUUCAGCAGCGUCUACGCCUGGGCGGAGAAGGCGGGCGACAAGAGGUGGCGCCUGUGGCCUUCGGCCGAGCGGGAGCUCCGCCAGGCCGCCGCCCUCGUGGCCUUCGCCUUCGCGGACCCCAAGCGCCCGUUCCACGCCACGGUCGUGGCGACCGAUUCCUCAGGCGCUGGGCUGGACGACGCCGGCGGCUACGGCGUGGUCACGCAGGAGUGGCCCGUGGAGAAGGUCCGGCGCUGCUGCGGGCAUGCCGAGAAGUGGCGCUACGGGGUGCAGGGGCUCGUCGCGGCCAGGGCGGCCGCGCUGGGCAGCCCCGCCGACCCCAGCUCGCCUCGCCCGACGGCGCAGAGCGGCGAGAGGUGCACAGACUUCGAGAGCAUGACGCGAGACGACAUCGGGGCCUUCGAGAACUGGAAGCUGGUCGUGGUGAGAUGGGUCGCCUCUGAGUUGAAUCCAUCCGACCGCGCGUCCAGACUCCCGGGCUCAGCCAUCUCGCUGGGCGGGGGUGGGCUUCGCGCGGCGGGGGGCGAUGCUGCGCCGUCCGAGGCCGUGCUCGCCAGCCGCUUCGAUGCCGAGCUGGAGAGCGCGGCCCGCAGCCUUGGGCCCGCCUUUGGCGGGGACGCCUGCGGCCGCCCCCUCGCCGGCCUGGGGGACCAGCUCGCUGCUGAGGAGGCCAGGCUCGGCACCGCCGCCGCGGAGGCCGGUGAGCUCAGCGACAGCUCCUCCAGCUCGGGGGAGAGCUGGCCAGCCGGCCCCAGCGGCAGCGACGGCCAGGCGCCGCCACGCACGGGGCGGGCCGACUGCGACACGCAGCGACGGCAGCACCAGGCGCGGGAGAUCGCCGAGGCCCGCCUCCAGAUGGCCAAGAUAGGGCCUCGCUCCCGCGCUCAGUACCAGAAGUUUCACCAGGCCUUCCUGGAGUGGAGCAGCCAGGAGGGUCAGCCCCUGGACACCGACCUCCAGAUCGACCGGGCCCUCAGCAGGUACAUGGACUACCUGUACUACGAGGGCUUCAACGCGGACGCGGGCGAGAAGGUGCUGGCGGCUGUGGCCUUCCACGGCCCAGUGGAGGGCCUGGAGCUUCCAGGAGCUCGCCGGGCGCUGGCGGGGUUCCGGCGCCGGGCGAGCGCGAGGACCCGCAGCCCCCUGCCGCUGGCGGGCGUGAUGGCCAUCGUGGGUGCAGCAGCGGCCGACGGCCAGCUCCCCUUUGCCCUGGGGCUUGUGCUGGCGUGGGAAGCCUACCUCAGGCUGCCGUCCGACCUCGUGAGCAUGGUGGGCGCCUCUCUGGUCAGGCCAGCCGCCCGGAGCCCCCAGGCGUGUUGGGGCCUGCUCCUGUUUCCUCAGGAGGGGGAGGCGCGCAGCAAGAUGGGGCACUACGACGAGGGGGUCAUGCUGGACGGCCAGUUCGGAUCCACGCUAGCGCCUUUCCUUCGCUGGCUGAAGGCCCAGACCGCCGACGCCAGCCCGCUGUGGUCCUUCUCGAGCGCCACCUUCAGGCGCCUGUUCAACGAGUACGCCGCGAAGGUUAGCCUCGGAGGCAAGAACCCUUACCAGGUCAGGCACGGGGGAGCCUCUCUGGACGCCCUAGAGUGCCGGCGCAGCCUGAAGGAGAUCCAGGAGCGGCUCCGCCACCUGUGCGAGUCCAGCACCCGUCGGUACGAGAAGGGGACCAGGUACCUGGCCGAGGUCAACAGCCUCGACAGCCGGGCCCGGUCCUACGGCGAGCAGGUCCUCAGGCAGCUCGACGGGGUGCUCAGCGGGCGGGCGGUGGAGCGAGCCUCGGACACCAAGGUGAUCCGCCGCCUCCGUCAGGGGCUCGCUCGGGCCAGCAGGCGAGGCCGGCGCCGUGGGCAGGUGUUUCUUGACUUGUUCAGCGGUGCCGGCGGCGUCGCCAAGGCCCUCGAGCGCCACGGCGACAACGGUUGCCUCCAGAUCGACAUGGGGGCCGACGUAGCUUUCGAUCUCACCCGCCGCUCGGCCCAGCAGCUCAUCUUGGGCUGGAUGGCCAGCAG